AUGAAAUUUCUUUUGCAAAAUGCGAAAAACUCGCUGACAAGGAGAUUUGAACAGCAACAGAGCGAGUCAACGUUCCAUUCGCUAGCUGCAUUAAGCCUCGGCGGUAUUCAUGCGUUCGAAAAGGGGAAACGUUUCCCUCCGGAAAUAUCAGAAAAGUUGGACGAAUAUUGGAACGCGUACAAGGUUCGUUGCAACAAGAGUUACGCCGGAAAUGUUGAAGCUGCGAGAAGAAUGGCUUGGGAAGAAAAUUUGGUGACGAUUUACAAGCACAAUUUAAUGGCGUCUGCCGGUCAUCACAGUUACACAUUACGCGAUAAUCACAUGGCGGAUCUUGGAACGAGGCAAUAUAUUCGAGAUAUGGUAAAACUAAUUCCGAGCCGUAAGCGGCGCGUAUCGAAAGAGCCAAUGGUCGGGGCGGUAUUGCACGAUCCUCGGCGCGUUCCGGCGAGGCUCGAUUGGCGCGACGUUGGCUUCCGAACUGGCCCGGAAAACCAGAAGGAUUGUGGCAGCUGUUAUGCGUAUUCGAUAGCUGGCAGUAUUCAGGGACAAAUAUUCAAGGAAACUGGUACGAUGAUUCCUCUCAGCGAGCAGCAGUUGAUCGAUUGUAGCUCCUCUACCGGAAAUUUGGGUUGUUCCGGAGGUUCUUUGAGAAACACGCUCAGGUAUCUCGAGAAGGCGAAGGGGUUGAUGGCUCGUGUUCAUUAUCCAUACAAAGGGAGACAAGGUGCGUGCCGUUUCCAUGAAGCUUUAAGCGCCGUCAAUAUUACUUCGUGGGCAGUGCUACCAGCACGCGACGAGAAAGCUUUGGAAGCUGCCGUUGCAACAAUAGGUCCAAUUGCGGCUUCGAUAAACGCCAGUCCAAAAACGUUUCAGCUUUACCACGAAGGAGUCUACGACGACGAUGCUUGUAGUUCGGACAUGGUGAAUCAUGCGAUGCUGAUCGUCGGAUACACGCCAAAAGAAUGGAUCCUGAAAAAUUGGUGGGGCGAUGGGUGGGGCGAAAAGGGCUACAUGCGGUUGGCUAAAAACAAAAACCGAUGCGGCAUAGCCAAUUACGCGGCUUAUGCAAAAGUUUAACCGUAUACAGUUGCAAAGAAUUACCCAAAAACCGACGCGACGCAAUUGUUAUUGUUCCGUUUAGCAGUUUAGCCGCAUGAAAAAAAUCGUUCU